AUGUUGGAGCAACAGAGGAGCGGUGGAGGUCCUGCGGAGGAGGAAGGAGGAAGUUUGACAGUGGUGGAGAAGAAAAGGAGGAUGAAGGAGGAAGUGGGAUGGUCGUGGAGAAGAAAAGGAGGAGGAAGGAGGAAGUUGGACGGUGGUGGAGAAGAGAGAGGGAGAUGUUGAUUUGUCCAAUCUUUUUU